AUGCAGAUCAUAUUCAAGGAUUUCAAGAAAAACACUGUACCAAUUGAGGUGGAGUUAUCAGAUACUGUAUUAUCAGCUAAAGAAAAACUAAGUAAAGAAAAAGAUUGUGAACCAUCACAAAUUAAAUUAGUUUAUUCAGGUAAAGUAUUACAUGAUGAUAAAAAAUUAGAAGAUUUUAAAAUUAAAGAAGGUGCUGCAAUAAUAUAUAUGAUAUCACAACCUAAAAAGACUCCUACACCUGUUUCAUCAUCUGCAACUACUUCAAAUUCAACUCCACAACCUACUACUGAAAAUAAAAGUACAACUGAAGAGACAUCAAAAUCUACAGAAUCUUCAUCAACAAAUGCUAAUACUCCAUCCACAACAAAUCAAGAAUCAACUUCAUCAGAACAACAACCUACUACAACUACAACAACAACCACUUCAAAUGAAUCUACAUUUGCAGUGGGAAGUGAAAGAGAAGCAACUAUAACUAAUAUAAUGGAAAUGGGAUAUGAUAGACCUCAAGUUGAAGCUGCAUUAAGAGCAGCAUUCAAUAAUCCUCAUAGAGCUGUAGAAUAUUUAAUAACUGGAAUUCCUGAAUCUUUACAACGUCCAGAACCACCAAUUGCUACAUCAACUACAAGAAAUGUUGGUGGAGGAGCUAAUACUACUGGUCCAUUAGCUGAAUCUACUACUGGGGAUAUAUCACAACAAGGAGCUAAUGCUACUGGAGAUGAUGAAGAUGAUGAUAUGGAUGAAUCAAAUACUGGUGAAAAUUUAUUUGAACAAGCAGCAGCAGUAGCAGCUCAAGAAGGUAGAGGAGGAUCAGGAGCCAAUGCUUCAGCCACAACAGGUGGUGCGGCAAAUGCAGCUGGAGCAGGUAUUGGGGCAGGUAUUGGAGAUGAUCAACAAAUGCAAUUAUUAAGAGCUGCAUUACAAUCAAAUCCAGAAUUAAUUCAACCAUUAUUAGAACAAUUAGCAGCAUCAAAUCCACAAAUUGCAAGUUUAAUACAAGAAGAUCCAGAAGCAUUUAUUAGAACAAUAUUAGGAGCAACAGGUGAUGAUUUAGGUUUUGAAGUUGAAGGAGAGGAAUCAGGAGAUUUAAUUGGUGGAGCAGGUGCUGGAGCAUCAGGUUCUGAUCCUGAAGGAACUGUUGGAAUUGCAUUAAGUGAACAAGAUCAAAAUGCAAUUGAUAGAUUAUGUGAAUUAGGAUUUGAAAGAGAUUUAGUUAUACAAGUUUAUCUAGCUUGUGAUAAAAAUGAAGAAGUUACAGCAGAUAUAUUAUUUAGAGAUAAUAUUUAA